GACGCGGCAGGUGCUGCAGUCCUCCGGAGACAAGCGCAAAGGUAACCACGGUCAGUGAGGUCAAGUGAAAUAUAAAAAACGAAAGAGAGAGGAGAGGAAAGCCAAAAUGGCGUCGGUACUUCUUCAGUGGUUGGUGUCGUCGAUUUUAGUUGCUUUUGCUACGGCUGCACCUCAGUUGCUCGACUUCUUCAGCGACCCUACCUUCGGUACAUUAAGCACCAGCAGCACCAACCCCCCUUUCCCCUCCGUCAGCACCGUCGGCAGUAGCAACCCGCCCUUCGGCACAUUCAGCACCAACCGGCCCUUCGGCGGCUUCAACGCCGCCAGCAGCAGCAACCCGCCCUUCGGUACCUUCAGCACUGCCAGUAGCAACACCCCUCCCUUUGGGGCCUUCAGCACCACUAGCAACACCCCGCCCUUCGGAGGCUUCAGCACCGUCGGUGGCAACCCUCCCUUCGGCGGCGCCUUCAGCACCGUCAGCAGCAACCCUCGAACCGGCACGUUCGGCUUGACCGAUCCUAUCCCUACGGACACGACCUUCCCGUUUGAGUUUUCCACCCUGUCUCCUACCUUCGCGCCCACGGACUUCAGUGACGUCGGUUUCAACACGCCCUUCGGCACCUUCAGAAAUUCCUCCUUCAGGAGUGCUUGCAGGAUUCAUUUCGUCACCGACGACGUGGUCCAGUGGUCCUCGCCUAACUUCGGAAGGGGGGAGUACCCAAACAACGCCCGCUGCAAGCUAUCUCUGUCCUCCAGAGCACCAGGAUACGCUACGUUCGAAUUCAGUAAUCAAGGCUAUGACAUCAAGUCCGGCGACUUCAUUGACUUCAAUCAGCCUAUUCGCAUGGCCAAGCUUGGCAAAGUCUGGGAUGGAUUUGCCGCGCCCAACACCAUCGUCCGUGGGGAUCUGCCAACCUUCAACUUUGACGUCGAAUUCAGGAGUGACAGCACAGCUACUGGUGCUGGGUUCAAUGUCACCAUUAGCAGAAAGACUACUGACUGCCAUCUGAUCGUCAACAGAGACGGGGCCCAAACAGUCGGCACUCUGGAGGCGCCCCAAGAACCAAACUAUGGCACCGGUGUCCCAAAUAAGCGGUCCUGCGAAUGGUGGAUUAGGGCUCCCGAGGGAAAACGCAUCAAGCUUGAGAUCCUGAACAUGAGAAUCACGUCAUCGGUCAACAGCGAGUACGAGGAGAAUGGAGUCGUCAUCGUCGACAGACUGGGUGACAAGUACUAUCCCGAGUUGACCAGCAUGGACUUCGUCGGCUCAACCCUCCCACAACCAGUCAGAUCCAUUGGGAAUCGCAUGAACGUCAUCUUUUACUCCGGUACACUGACCGAUGCGUUCAGAGCUCGUUGGUCCGUAAUCGAUGCGUAAAUAACCCUUUCAAAUGUUCAUGUACCGAGGUUUCUAACCUCAUUCCUGACCGUGAGAGGAUGAGAGUAAACGUUCUAGCUCAAGGAAUUAUUGUAAGGAAUAAAUAGUACUACCUUUCAGGACAUUUAUCGAGGGCAAAAGGAGAUUUACUCCUAAGAAGCAGGGAGCUUCUUCUGUACAAGGUAAUUUCUCUGAACAGGUGUGUGGAGACUAAUCACCUUCGUUCUGAAUUUCUUGGUAGCUACGUGUCUUACUGUCUGUAAUCCUAAUAGUCAGAAUUCUUCAAAGUCAGUCAAAAGCUUUGCAAUAGAAUCUCAAUUCAUUCUUAACGGAGGUAGUAAGCAAUCAGUGUCUAGAUUAUUUUCAACAUCUUAGGGCUUAUUUUCCAUGAAAAUCGUCACCAAAGAAUGCAGAUUUCAAUUCAACAAGCAACAACAUCUACCAAGAUAAAUUUACUGAUCAGACAUAACUGACAAUUUUCUGUUUGUCAUUCUGUCUUCCAUGAACAAUUUUUUUUUUUCACAAUUUAGAACACGUUAUUGUUUAACGUUGUAUUUUGAUACUAAUGUUUAGUAAUUUAAUUAAACAACUAACCUAUUUUCUCAAA